AUGUUCUUGACAGCUCUAGUGGGCCUUGCGCUGUACUCCUCAAGCCUGCCGCUCGUGUACGGACUGGACGAUGGGUCCGGAGUGGGACGUCUUCCAGCUCUGGCAUAUAACACCUGGAAUGCCUACCAAUGCAAUAUCGACGAGGACCUGAUCGUCACCACGGCGCAGCUCAUGGUGUCCCUCGGUCUCCAAGACGUCGGGUACAACCGCGUGAACCUGGACGACUGCUGGGCCAUGAAGAACCGGACAGCCGAUGGGUCCCUGCAGCCUGAUACCACGCGGUUUAGCAAGGGCUUCAACUGGCUAACGGAUCAACUGCAUUCUAUGGGAUUCCAAGCUGGUAUAUAUAGCGACUCUGGUUGGCUGACCUGUGCGGGCUAUCCGGGCUCCUACCAAAACGAAGCGAGGGAUGCAGAGACGUUCCAAGACUGGGGGUUUGACUAUCUUAAAUAUGACAACUGCUACAUUCCAUUCGACGACGUACUGCGAGAGGGCGUUUAUGGAAAAUAUCAACGCAUGUCGGGCGCCCUUGUCAACCUCUCGAAAUCUACCGGCCAGCCACCGUUGCUCUUCUCCCUCUGUGAGUGGGGAUGGGACCAAGUAUGGUUAUGGGGUGCUUCAGUUGGUCAUAGCUGGAGGACGACUGGUGAUAUUUCGCCAAGCUGGGACUCGCUUGCCAGUAUCAUAAACACGAAUUCCUUCAUCACGCAAGCAACGAAUUUCUACGGGCGGAAUGAUAUGGACAUGUUGCAAUUGGGAAACGGGAAUAUGACCUUCGACGAGGCAAAAUCCCACUUCACCGCGUGGGCGCUGAUGAAGUCCCCGCUGAUCAUUGGUACCAACUUGUCGGCGAUCACCAAUGAGACGCUCGAGAUCCUCACUAACAAGGAGAUCCUUGCGAUUAACCAAGACCCGGUGUACGGCACGUCGAUAUCACCUUUCAGAUGGGGCGUUAACCCCGACUGGGUGAGCAAUGCUAGCUACCCGGCUCAGUACUGGAGUGGCCAGUCGCAGAACGGGACGGUGUUCAUGCUGUUGAACACCCUCGACGAGCCAGCCGACAUGACCUUCAACCUCACCGAGUCUGCGUGGAUCCGUGCUGGUAUCCAAUAUAACGUCCGAGAUCUGUGGACACAUACAGACAACGGGACUGCGAUAAGGAGUUUCACGGCGACCGCUGUGCCCCCGCACGGGGUCGUGGCGCUUUUGUUGACGGAGGCGGGCGACGAGCCGGCGGGGCUUUGGCCGCCGUGUGCGGGCGCGGCGGACAGUCAGUGUUCGACGCCGAACGGGACGCACGUGGAAUGACUGAGGGAGGUGUGUGUACUCAUGGCUCAGCACUAGGCUCGGGCAUUCUGGCAUCUUAAUGCGAGCCACUUCAAACAUGUCGUGUUCAGCGAGGUGGUCGGAUGCUCAGGUACAUGUAAUCAGAAAAACUGGUAAUAGCGGUAUUUUCAAUGGCAUUGAUACAAAAU